AUGGAUUCGGGGGCGGUGGCCCCUGGUUCUGUGGAAUUGGAGGCGGAGAAAGAACGGACUUUGGCGACCCUAAUGACCUUCAAGAAAUUCGAUCUGCCUAUCUUCGAUGGAGAGGAUGUCGAUCCGUGGAUCGUGGAGAUGUGGAUUGACUCCAUGGAGACGCUAUUUGAGAAGCUAUACACCUUGGAGCGGGACAAGGUGCCCCUAGCUGUGCAUUGCUUGAAGCAAUCAGCAAAGGCGUGGUGGAAAGGCAUUCGACGGGAUCGAUCACCUAGUCUUCCUCCUAUGGCGUGGGAUGAAUUUCGGGGAUUAAUGUUUUCUACGUACUUCCCCGACAAUGAAAGGAGAAAGCUUCGGGACAAGUUCAGGAAGCUGCGGCAAGGAGACUGCUCUGUGAGGGAAUACGAACGAAAAUUUUCCCGCAUCGUGAAUUGUGUCCCGGAUGUGGAACGGGAUGACAGGGAUAAGGCCGAUUGGUUCCUGCGUGGACUCCGACCGGAGAUUUAUAGGAGGGUGCAAAUCUUCCAGCUCACAACCUUUGCCGAGGUGUUGGAUCGGGCUUUAUGGGCGGAGCAUGGCGAGGCUUUCGUGCGUGAGGAGCGCGAAUCUCGUUGGCAUGAGCGAGGAGAGGCGAGGCCAUUAUCGAGUGGUUCGGGUGAUCAGUCAAGUUCCAGACACCGCUCGAGGUCAUCCUCUACCCGAUCCUCCUCUGGAUGUGUGAUUUGUGGUGGUUCCCACCAGGCGCGGCGAUGUGCGCUGCGUGAUGGACGGUGUAUCCGUUGUGGACAGCCCGGCCAUGUGCGGGACGAGUGCCCGCAAAGUGAGAGCCAGGCCUUGAUGCUGGCGACGGCCCAUUCCUCUCUGGGACAGCCUCCAGGUAGAAAGCCAAGAGACACUAGCGAAUCGCUAGCGAUGGUUCUUGGACGAAGAAUGGGACUUGUGGUGAACGUGAAAUGGUGGAGCGACUCUCAAGGCAAUGAGUAUCAAAUUGCGAGAGUUGCGCCGUGA